UACAAUGUAAAAUUUACUUAGACAGAUUGGCUAUUCCAAUAAGAUGCUCCUUUCUAUAUUGUGGUAAUGUAUUUGGAAUAUGUACUUUUAACAAAGUUACAUGGCUUCUUCGAUUCAAGAGUUGGAGGGAAAAUGCGAUUUUUCUAGGGAAAGUAUAUAGCUCACCAGAAAUUUCAAGGACUAUCAAUGGCUCUCCCUUCUCCUCUUCGCUCCCCCAGCCUUCUUCAGUCUCUCCCUCCACUCCUUUGUUCUCCGUCCCAUCGGAGUCCUCCAACCUUGCUCACCUCUUCAAAUCUUCUCUAGUGGGUGUCUUCCAACCUCAGAGAGAUGAUCGCAAAGGUAUCAAGAGCUGGCCUAAGAGAGCUGGAAGGAACCAACACUGUAGUACAGACAACUCUCCAUUGGGCCUUACUUUUAAUCCUUCCCCUCAGAAGAAGGGGUUGCUCAUGCCCUUACAAGUACUCAUAAUGUUUGCUUUCGGGGAGCCUACCUUUAGCUGUCCAAAUGGUCUGUUAACUUGGGGGCCUUUCGCCACUAGAAGAUUUGGCUCACGGCCUCCUCCAUCUCUCUCUAUGCAUGGUGCCUCGAAACGUUCAGGGCCAUAGGUAACUCUCGUGGCUCUUUCGUGGCCACCCGCUGGAAGUCUAUGAAGAACUUUCCACUUGGCACUCUAUGCCCAUGAUAGACAUUUUAGAGCCUCAUCAAAUCCCCCCUUUCCUCUGGCUUGAAGCAGCGGGAGCAUACCACCAGUUUUUCCUUUCCUGGUCAACUGCUUCCCCUCCUGCCCCCAGCUUUGUUGCUCUGGUAGAUUCUCCUAGUCUUUCGUCGACCACCGAGAUUCGGGAGCAAUGGAAGUAUGUGUCCAGGAGAAGGUUCGAUCGUGAACGGGGCUGCCAUGUCAACUGUGAUUUCCAUCGUCCAUCUCUCAUAGGAAACCUGCACCCCUACCCUCCAUCAAGUGCAUGCUGCCCAGCUCCGCCUCCUCCACCUCCUCUAGAACAUUUGCCCCUCGUCACACCUGCCUCGAUCAACAAUACCCAGGAUGACACACGACACCCUAUUUCUACCUCAUGCCGAAUUGGUCCAGACCACUCAUUAAUUUCCCCCUUGCUUCAACCGCCUUCGAUCAUUAACACCGCUGCCCUUUCGUCCUUUAAAGAUACCUCGCCCUUGUCACCAUCCCCCACUUCGACCACCAUCCCACCUUUUGAAGUUUUUGACACGUGUCACCAGUCUUCACCUACCCCCACCAUUUUGUGCCUCUUCUCUCGUUUGUCUUCCCAAGGAAUUUCGUCCUUCUAAACCUUUUCUUCCCCUUCCCCCCAUCCCCAUUGGAACCGUUCUUCUCUCUCUCUAUAUAUAUGUAUUCCCCUGCCAUCAAACCCUCUAUCUCACCCUUCCCACCGUCGUCCCUAACACUCCUCUACACGUGCCACCCAAAACUUUAUUGCUCAGCCUCGAGGAGCCCACUCCAGCAUGACCUCGUCUUUUGCCCUCCUUGGACGUUGCUCUACCUACACCCCACUGUCCUCUUCCUGGUGCUUUUCUUUCCCCUUUCUUGUUGGUCCUUGACUUUCUCCCCCACGCACCCUCACCUCUAAUCAUAGACUUCGGGGAUGAGAUGACAACAACUAUCGAGGGUAUCAAAGAUCCUUCUUCUUCAGCUCAGGGGGAGGAAAUCGUUCCGGUAGACAUGGAAGGCAACCGGUUAGCUCACUUCCUCCUUUCCCCUCUGAUGAUCAUUAGCUAUCUUGCUGACCCCCCUCAGCUGAGACCCCGUCAUAAUCUCAAUUCCCAUCCCAAUCGAAGCUGAUACCAUGAGGGAUCCUACCUCACCACUGUCGGUGGACUCAGAUUUCGUGAAUGGCAUUGACCGCGGUCAAGGAAAAAUAUUGGAUGUUAUGCAAGUCAUGGGCUUCCCUCGUUUUGGACCUGAUGGCCCUCUCCACGAAUUCUUCUCAGCCAGAAUCCAGACUCGCUUUCGAAUAAGCAAGAAAGGAAGUCGUGAGCUUGCUAAUCUGGCCUACAACAUCAAUUAUGAUAGAGCUUCUUCUUCUUCCACUCACUUCUCAAACUCCCUUUUGGCCCUCUUGGGAAUGAGAUGUUUAUUGAGGGACUAUCGAAAGGUUGUUGUCCAGGGGGAUUCUCAUAAUUUCAUAUUUUGGUGCAAUGGUUAUGCAAGGUCACUGCGGACAAAUUUUAGAUGAAAUCAAAGAUUUGGAGAGAGGAAAUGUUACAUAUAACUAUGUUCACAGGGGAAAGAAACAACAAGCAGAUGGACUGGGUAGUGGUGUUGGAAGAAAUGACAUUGUGUGUUUGGACUUCGGAGGGCGAGUGAGGUUUAAGAGC